GGAUCGUCGUAUCCCAAGCGAGCCAUCCGGACAGCCAGGCAGGCGCAGGGCUGGAGCAGAGGAGAAGCCAGCUACUUCCUCCGGAGAGGUUUUUAUGGGGUUCUUUGUAAAGAAAGAACACCGGUGAGAAAACACCAAGAAACUAGGGAGUGUUUCUAGCGGUGGGGACGCUUGGUGAGCGGCUCUGGGGCUGCUGUUAAUCACUGCGAGGAGCCCGUCCUGCCGUGCAGAUGUGUGUGAUUGGAGCGGCGCGAGGGUUAUUUUCUUUUGACUGAAGGCAACCCAGCCCCGGCGGAUUAAGCCCUUUGUGUGUGCGUGAGUGUGCCUUCAUGGGAGCUGCUCCUGCAAAACCGGCUGCCGGGGUUUCGGGGACCAUCCCCUAGGUCGAGGGGCUCUCCCAGAGGAGGGGGAGAUCUCCUGUUUCCGUGGCUCUGAGAUGAUGCCGGGACAGUAGCUCCCUUCGCAGGCAGCGCAGCGUGCUCCGGGAUGGCCGUCUAUGCCCUCACGGGCUUUUCGCUCGUCAGCCUGCUCAGCUUUGGCUAUUUAUCCUGGGACUGGAUGAAGCCCAGUUUGGUGGCCGACAUAGCCACGGACCCCGUGGAGAAAUCACUGCCUCCCGCCUUUGCCAGGCCACCCCACAUCGUCUUUAUUCUGACCGACGACCAGGGCUACCACGACGUCGGGUAUCAUGGCUCAGAUAUCCAGACACCAACGCUGGACAGGCUGGCAGCGGAGGGCGUUAAGCUGGAGAACUACUACAUCCAGCCCAUCUGCACCCCGUCUCGGAGCCAGCUGAUAACCGGCAGGUACCAGAUCCACACAGGGCUGCAGCACUCCAUCAUCCGCCCUCGGCAGCCCAACUGCCUGCCCCUCGACCAGGUCACCCUGCCCCAGAAGCUGCAGGAAGCUGGCUAUUCCACACACAUGGUGGGCAAGUGGCAUCUUGGCUUCUACAAGAAGGAGUGCCUGCCCACCCGCCGGGGCUUCGACACCUUCCUGGGCUCCCUGACGGGCAAUGUGGACUACUACACCUAUGACAACUGUGAUGGGCCGGGUGUCUGCGGCUACGACCUACACGAAGGAGAGGACGUGGCUUGGGACCAGAGCGGGAAGUACUCCACCUUCCUCUACACCCAGCGCGUCAGCAAGAUCCUGGCAUCCCACAGCCCCAAAGAGCCCAUCUUCAUCUAUGUGGCCUUCCAAGCGGUCCACACACCUCUGCAGUCGCCCAAGGAGUACAUCUACCGCUACCGCUCCAUGGGCAACGUUGCUCGCCGCAAGUAUGCCGCCAUGGUGACGUGCAUGGACGAGGCAGUGAAGAACAUCACCUGGGCCCUCAAGAAGUAUGGUUAUUAUGACAACAGCGUGAUCGUGUUCUCCACCGACAAUGGCGGGCAGACCUUCUCCGGGGGAAGCAACUGGCCACUACGGGGCCGCAAAGGGACGUACUGGGAAGGGGGAGUCCGUGGCAUCGGUUUUGUCCACAGUCCCCUGAUCAAGCGCAAGCGCCGGACCAGCUGGGCACUGGUUCACAUCACAGACUGGUACCCGACUCUGGUCAGCCUGGCCAGGGGCAACCUGAGCAACGUCCCAGGCCUGGAUGGCUACAACGUCUGGCCUGCCAUCAGCGAGGGCAAGGAGUCGCCGCGAACCGAAAUCCUGCACAACAUCGACCCCCUGUACAACCAUGCCAAGUACGGCUCCUUGGAGGACGGCUUUGGCAUCUGGAACACGGCUGUGCAAGCCUCCAUCCGGGUUGGGGAGUGGAAACUCCUCACCGGUGACCCGGGGUACAGCGACUGGAUCCCCCCACAGACCCUGACCAACUUCCCAGGGAGCUGGUGGAACCUGGAGCGUCUCACUGAUGGCCUAAGAAAGUCCGUGUGGCUCUUCAACAUCACUGCCGACCCCUACGAGCGUUACGACCUCUCGGACCAGCGCCCAGAUGUGGUCAGGACCCUCCUGAUGAGGUUGGUGCACUACAACCGGACGGCCAUCCCGGUGCGGUACCCCGCAGAGAACCCUCGGGCUCACCCGGACUUCAACGGCGGUGCCUGGGGACCUUGGGCCAGCGAGGAGGACGGGGAUGAGUGGGAAGGCGGCGGGGAGCCCCUGAAGAGUAGGAACAAGAAGAAGAAGUGCAAGAUCUGCAAGCUACGCUCCUUCUUCCGCAAGCUGAACACCAGGCUCAUGUCCAACCGCAUCUGAUGGGAGACUCCUCAAGCAUCGACCCAACCUGGCCAGGAUGGAGCUCCGGAUGGCAGUGCCAUGGGGUGGGAGUGAGGGAGAGGGACGGAUGGGGAGGUGGCUAGCACCCUCUUGCUCUCCCUUGCUCCAUCCAGGGUUCACCCCAAAAUACCUCUCCUCUCUGGCUGGACCGGUGGCCGCAGGGAGGUGGUCCCAGUGGGCGAUGUGGGCUCAGCCGCGCUGCCUGCUGGUGGUGUACAAGUCUGCUGAGCUGGGCUGGCCGUGCACAGCCCCUUCCAGAGAGACACCUUGUUCUCAAGGACUCUGCAGGCAAUCGCAAGCUUUAAGUUUUGGCCAUGGCAAUGGCAGGAGGAAUUGUGGGACCCUGGGUGGCGAUGCAGAGGGGCUGGCCGGCCUCGGUGGCUCUGCCUGCAGGUUGUCCCUCGUCGUUUCCCUGUAUAUACGUGCUCCUGACUGUCUGCAUGCUGCUCGGCAGUUGCCUUGUUUGCUCUUGCUCUGGGAACUUGAGGGCCUCCCCCAAACCCAAGACCACGUCAUUUCCCUAUUAUACUUCUUUGUGGAAGGAUGGAUUCCUGACCAUGGACGUCAGACCUGAGGCCGCCAUGGCUGGACUCAGCCUUGCUGCUACAGGGAUCUCACGUGUGGCCGUGGCUUCUCCGCUCUGCUGGCUUGGGGGGCCGGGAGCAGCCCCGGUGAGAGGCUAUGGCCCACUGAGACAUGGCUGGAUGCUCUCAGAGGACAGAUGGUUCUCCACAGCCCCACAUUUGGGAGGCAGGCUUGUCCCAAGCUCUGCUGGACUUCACAUGGAUCAGCCACCCAGCAGACCCUUUCAUCCACAGUUCUGCCUGGCCAGACCCCCCAGCUGCGUGGCUGUCAGCACCUAUAUGUUCCUCCCCAUGCAUCCAAACAGCCAACCACCCCAGCUGCCCCUUCCCAGUGCUGGGGCUGUCUCUGUCCCCACAUCCCCGCUGCUGAACCUGGGGCAGAAGGAAGAUCUCAAGAAGGUCUCUGCAGAGGUUGAUGUGCUGCUCUGUAGCUGCAGGACUUCGAAGCCGUGGGGGGGGACAGGGACAACUCCCGCCUGCCAGCGCCGUACCACGUCCCCUCGCCGCAGAUGGGCACCGCUCUCCCAGCAGCGCAUGCGCUGGGGGGGAAACACCUCCCCAUCAUCCGCCUGCCGUGGGGAGCCAGCCCGUGCGAUUGCUGGGGGCCAGGCAGCUCGGGAGCGGGGCAGCCAGCAAAGCGCCGUGCCCCCGCGCCUUCGGCGGGGUGCGAGCGUGCGUACAUGCGCUCGGAGGAGAGCUGGCGAGGAUGAAAGAGGGUAAAUAGCUUUAAAAGC